AUGAAGAGUGUGGCAUUGAUCAUCCAACGGGUGGCUUGCAGUUUCCCCGUUCCGGAAACGUUUCCGACACGGAAACGGCUGGAAACGCAGAGAAAACGCAUCAGGGCCGUUUCCGGUGGUCAUGCGUGUCGGGAGCAGGAAACGCGUUUCUUUAAAAAAAAAAGGUUGAAAAAGCUGCACCAGCUGCGUCAUAGACAACAGCGUUUUAGAAGGAGGAGGAGGAGGAGGAGUCGACGACUCACCCGGUCGGCGCAGGUGGCUGGACCAUCGACGGCGCAGCAGAGAUACAUCAAGAAACAUACAGUGGGAGUCAAUUUGCCUGGUGUUCUUGCUAAGCAAAUCUUCCACCAGUCUUUAUUGCCUGCAAGAAAAGCAUCUCCAACUUCAUUUGAUGUCCCAAAAGGAUUUAUUGCAGUUUAUGUUGGGGAGGCCCAAAAGAAGAGAUUUCUGGUACCUGUAUCCUACCUGAAUCAGCCUUCAUUUCAAGAUUUGCUUAGCCUGACAGAAGAGGAGUUUGGUUUCAAUCAUCCAAUGGGUGGUUUGACAAUUCCCUCCAGAUUGGAUACUUGCAAUGCUGUCAUUUUAUACUUGAAUAGAUCAUAAGAGACAACACUUGAAUAAUUUAUGGCUGGAAUUGCCAAAUUCAAUUGUAAAUAUGUGUUUUUACGGGAUUAAACAAUUUUACCCAAAUAAGAAAAUUUAUUAGUUAUAAAUUGUUGCUUUCUUCUUGCACACUCAGUGUUUUAUGGUUUUCAUAGUUCCUUCUCUUUUGUCAAACCUAUUUCUUGUUUGUUAAUUGAAUUGGAUUUUCA